GAUGGAGCCCCAAUAACAGAAUUUGAAGAAAAGUACACGACAUUAGGAGGAAUUCUUGGGACAAAUAAUAUAUUACACAUUUCACUUGAUGAGAGAAAAACUAUUAUCAGCGAUUAUUCCAGUCCAUAUGUCACUAUCCACCGGCAUUUGAAUUCUAUUAGCAAUACUCCCGAUAAAUAUACUGUGCAGUUGUCAACCAAUAGGAAGCUUGAUUAUGUUCGAUCAAUUCUUAAAAUGGGACCAAAUUUAAUUUUUUACCAUUCUGAUGAAAAAAUUAGUCGUUGUUCGGAAAUUUCUACUGAUUGGACAGAUAUAGCUUGGGUAAUUAAUGACAGACUCCAGUUAAAAAUUUGUCAAGAGGAUGAUAGAGAUUGGAAUAAACUAGUUGAGCAGUGUGAUAUGGGAUUUACCUAUGAAAAUGAACAUAUUAAAUUUGCUCCUUCACGAGCAUUUACAAUUAAUGUAACAGAAAUUAAUCCAAUAUUUAAUCAUCUUUAUUCCGGAAAUACGGAGCUCGAAUGCAACCAAAAAUUUGAAAGCUUAUUUAAAGAAUGUCUUAUUGUAAAUGGAGAAAUAGCAUCAACUUCUUCUUUACCUUAUUUACCUUAUUUGUCGUUAUUUGCCGGCAUUUCUUACGAUCAAGCAAAUGAACUUUAUAAAUCCCGUCAAGAAACGACAAAAUAUUCAUGCGAGAUUAUAAGCCAGGCAAAGCUAAGUCUUAAUAAGCAGAAUAUCAUAUUGAAUAAAGAUUUCAUUAACGAAAUAAAGUCAGCAUUAAACAAUACGUAUACGAAUGGUAGGAAAAUUAAUGAACUUAGAAAAGUUUUUCGAAAAUAUGGCUAUUUUUAUGCUAAUGAAGUUAUUUACGGUGGAGCAAUUAUUGAGAAUUCUAAGAAUAUUAAAACGAGAAGAAGCGAUUCCGAAAAAGCUGAUAUAGGUGUAAAAACGGGUGUAGACAUGGGUUUAACAAUUGUCGGUGGAAAUGAAGCUUCUUAUAUUGAGGAUAAUAAUGAGGAUAUUAGGUUAUGGAGGAAUUCAGUUAACAAUUCUAAAUAUUGGAGAAUAAUUUCUUACAAUAUAAGACCAAUAAUUGAUUUACUAGAUGACAGCUUAAAACAUCAAAUUUUGGAAACUUUUGGUAAAAAAAUUCUUAAAGCUGGAAUAACAACCUAUCAUACCAAACUACGAAUUCAGUGUACAGAGCCAAUUAUAGUGGAUGAUUUAAGUAAUAUAUUUAGAGACCUUACUUCAAAUCCAUCUCAAUGUCAGAUCUUCGCAUCAAUAAUGAACCAGGACAAACGCAUAUAUUCUUUACGAGUUGAUUACGCAGACGAAAACUCUCCAGCAUUUGUUGUUCAUUACGUUGGUAACAAAAAGAAACUACAAAAAAAACAAAACCAACCUUACGAAAUAAAAGUUAGUUGGAUUAUUGUUGGUUAUCCAGAAAAGUUUAUAUUUGAACUAAGAAAUAGUGAAAUCGACGUUACUAUUUGUGAAAAAAGGCUUGAAGAAAUGGAAAGAGUUGAUACAAACAAUAAUUACUCUUACAGAUGCACUAUCGAUACUUAUCCAAAUACUUGCAGUAAAUUAGGAAUAAGUGUAAUUCAUUCCCCUACAUCAUCUAGCUCUUACAACCCGUAUACAUCAAUUGUGAUCGGCACGCACUUUCGUCUAGACAAUAAAGCAUGCCUAUUUAUCCGCAACCUUGACAUUAGCCAUAAUAAUGAUAAUAUUAUUGAUGGAAUUCCUCUUCUGAAAAUAGCUUACAGCAUCAUUAAUAUGAAAGAUAAUAAACCUCGCUUACUGAAAGCAAAAUGGAAGAAUAAUAUGGGUUUUAGUCUUAAUAUGGGUCUUAAUUCAUUUUUUAAAGAUAAUUCUAAAAAAUUAAUCAUAUGUGACGAAGAUGGGUCUUUUCAUUCAAUUCUUGAAAACUCUACCAAGAAAAAAGGAAAAGGAAAAGAUUAUGAACUCGGAUAUCCACUAUUAGUAAAUAUUAUGAAUGAUUGUGAAUAUCAUGGAUUCGUAAAUAUUAAUCGAAAAUCUCCACUAUACCAUUCAAUGAAUCAUCCAAAUGGCGCAAAUUCUGAGUUUGAAGGUUUUAUUUCAUAUUUAUCACUGUCGAAUAACUCUUUCUAA